AUGGGUAUUAAGAAUCUCUUCCAGAUCAUCAAGGAGAAUGCUCCCGAUGCCGUCAAAGAGGGCGACAUCAAAAACCAAUUCGGCCGCAAGGUCGCAAUUGACGCCUCCAUGUCCAUCUACUCCUUCCUCAUUGCCGUGCGCUCCGACGGCCAACAACUCAUGUCUGACACGGGCGAAACCACCUCACACAUCAUGGGCAUGUUCUACCGCACACUCCGCAUGGUCGACGCCGGUAUAAAGCCGCUUUACGUCUUCGACGGUGCUCCACCAAAGCUCAAAUCCGGUGAAUUGGCAAAGCGCUUCCAGCGCAAGUCCGAAGCGCAAGAAGCACACGAGGAGGCAAAGGAGACGGGAACUGCUGAAGAGGUCGAGAAGUUUAGUCGUCGCACGGUGCGUGUCACGCGCGAGCAUAACGCCGAGUGCCAGCGUCUGCUGAAACUCAUGGGCGUGCCGUAUAUCGUUGCACCGACGGAGGCAGAGGCGCAGUGUGCGGUGCUGGCCAAGGGCGGGAAGGUGUUUGCGGCGGCGAGCGAGGAUAUGGAUACGCUGACGUUUGACGCGCCGGUGCUGCUACGACACCUGACAUUCAGCGAGCAGCGCAAAGAGCCGAUCCAGGAGAUACAUUUGGAAAAGGUGCUAGAGGGCCUCCAGAUGGACCGCAAGCAAUUCAUAGACAUGUGUAUUCUGCUCGGGUGUGACUACGUGGAUCCGGUCAAGGGCAUUGGCCCGAGCACGGCACUGAAGCUGAUACGCGAGCAUGAGACGCUGGAGGGUGUGGUAAAGUUCUUCGAGUCCUCAAAGAAGUACACUCUACCAGAAGAUUGGCCGUAUCAGGAUGCGCGUUUGCUGUUCCUCGAGCCAGAUGUUCGCUCAGUGGACCACCCGGAUUGUGACUUUAAGUGGGAGGCGCCGGACACGGAGGGACUUGUUAAGUUUCUCGUUGAAGAAAAGGGCUUCAACGAAGAUCGAGUGCGCAACGCUGCAGCAAGACUAUCGAAGAACUCAAAGAGCGCUCAGCAGAGUCGACUCGAGGGCUUCUUCAAACCCGUCGAGAAGACGGCAGAGCAGAAGGAGAGCUUGAAGAGGAAGAACGAUGCAAAGGUCGAAGAGAAAAAGAAGAAACAAAAGCAAGAGGCAAAGGCUAAAAAGGAUGCCAAAGCCAAACCACGAGCUGGUGGUGCUUGA